CUCGAAUUUAAUGGCUAGUAGAUGCAUCCUCUACUGUAUUUCUCCUUCUCUUCUCCAUACCGCAAUAAUCGAUUCAUCUACAUUACAUUAUAGCGACUCUGCUUUGAUUAUCGCCAUUUAAUAUUGCCUAUCAAAAUCUUUUGAUGUGAUGACUUUCCGGUCUAAUCCUGCGGACAUAAUUAUUGUACUAGAGUCCGCGCGACGCUUGUACCAACAGUGCAAGAAUGCCAGCGAUGCCUACUUCGAGAUCGGCCGCGAGAUUCGCGCACUCCAUACGGUGUUGCGACAUCUCAAGUACGAAGUACAGGCGCCAGAAUCCAUACUCAACCGCGAUCGAGCUCUAUAUGCGCGCGACCUUGCGCCAUUGAUCGCUGACUGUCGGUACACGCUAGAGGACCUAGAAGAGCUCAUCCGGAAAUAUGGCGGCCUCAGAAGCAACGAGAGUAGUUCGAGCAAGCAGCUAAGGAACCUGAUAAAGUCUAGCAGUGUGGAGAUGGAUCGGUUAGGUAGUGUGGAGAUGGGUCAGUUAGGUAGCGUGAGAGUGAAGCUUAUAAAUCACAAGACGAAUAUUACAGCGCUUCUCGACACAAUACAGCUUAGCGAAUCGAGUAGGCUGGCUGCGACGUUAGAUAAUCAUGGAGGACAGCUAGAUAUCAUAUUAGAUAAAGUGGACAACAUUGCAGCGCGGAUGGGUCAACGGGCCUCUCUAAUUACCUAUGAUGAUGACGAUGAAGAAGAUUGGAAGAUUUUUCGACGAGAACUAGUCGCAGAGGGUUUCUCUAGCGUUGUUCUAACGCGGCAUAAAGAUGUUUUGCGAGCGUAUGUUCGAGAAAUCGAUCAGAACGGCCUGCUCAAAGAUGUACCAGCUCAGGCGAAAGCAACGCAACCAAUAUUAUGGGUGCUCGAGCAAGCUGCUCAGUCACCUCCGUCUUCUCCCAGUCCACCCUCUUUCAACAUGGUGAACACCAGCUCUGACUCGCCUAUAAAGGAGCUUAGACGCGGAGAGCACACCUUUUCCACAAGAACCUCACUUGACUUUGUUCCUCAGCAGAGCGACUUCAUUAGUCCGCGGCUCUCCUCUAGCACUUCUCCAAAAUUGCAGAGUCUCGUUGACAAUCUCGGAAACCCAGCCAGGAUUCGAUCCCAAAGGACAGGGUCGCUCAAAGACCUUGAUGAGCACGAUGUAAGCAUAUCAAACUUGGAGAAUCAACCCAGAUUGCGAACUCUCGAAGGCUCCUCCGUGUAUGAGGCUUCUGAGGCUUCUAUGGAGGGCGGCAGCAUUUUUUCGCUGCCUCAAAGUUUCUCUUCGAAGAGUUCCGCACAUGGCACAGUGGGAGCAACUAGAGAAUUUGUCAUACUUUUGAUGGAAAAUACGCAACUGCGCCGUCUUUCCCCAUCACUACGCCAGAACUUCGAAUUCACUGCUUUCAGAUCCAAGCUGCAUGACUUACUUAGAGUAUUCUCAAGGGAUCUUUCAAGAGAAACAUUGAUUCCAAUUGAAAAAGAAAGUGUUCGCAUUUUCAGCCAACAAAGGAAACGCGUGGCACAUACUAUCGGGCAAGAAAUCUUCGGCUUGGAAGAUACGCCAUUGCUCCAGUCAAUCAGUCAACAGCAACAGCUAGUCACACGAAAGAGGAUUGAGAAAUACUUGAAGGAUGCAGCCCAGGUGAAGGGCAGCAGCGGUGACGAAUUAUCACUACACCAGGAGCAUAUGUUAAAUAACAAUAGCUCGGAUGAUGAAGACGAAUUGGAACCUUUUUCUAAUCUUGAGGAUGUGAAGAAGUUUCUCAUCAGCAGCAAAGCCUUUAAGAAUUUGCGAGUUAGAAUUAAUAAAUUAGCAGCAGAAGGAGAAGAGUCAGCUAUAGAGAUGCGACUUCGCCAUAACGUGAUCGAGUUGGAGAGAGAGGCUGGGAAGGAUGAAAAGCUGUCAAAUAUAGGGGUUAAUCAAAACCCAUUGAGCAGAACGGUGAUACCAGAGUCGCGAACAAUUGCCCAAGCUGGAAGAACAAAUGUUUUCGCCACGCUACUACGAUGGCCUUGGUUUGUGCAUCGCCUUUUCCGUCCCAAGCUUGAAAUUGGAUAUCGGCGACUGGAAUGGCAAUGUGAUUGUGGUAUGCCACUCUAUGGUGACUUUAGAGGUGACCCUGAAGAAAUUAGUAAGCUCGUUGGAGAGAUUCAAGCCCAUGGAUAUGUCGUUACGCAGAGUGGUCACGGAAUAAAACAAAUGCCAGCGAAUUCAGGAGUGACCACUGGUUUAAACUUGGUUGCAUCUGCAUCCCAAGGAUUAUCCACAUCUCAAACAGCACAGGACCCGUCUCUCAAUUCCACUGGCACUACGUCAAGACCACUUGGAGGGACACGAAAUCCAAUGGCUGGUAGUGCAGUCACCACAUCACCGCUGCCACCAGUUACUAAUAAUAGUUCGAAAUUCGUAGCACUUUGCGUCAACACCGGUCCAUUCCAAAAGACAUACGAUGAGAUCGAUAUAUCUGCCAGUCUUAGAAACACCCAAAUGUUUCACAACUUCAAAAAGACGUAUGAAGCAUGCAUCGGCUCCCGGAAAAACCCACUCAGAAGAUGGCUCACACAGCCCAUAGACAUUGAGUUCAUCCAAUUCGCAGUGGAAGGCCUUAGGCGUGUCUACCCCAUUCCCGGAUCCCCUGAUUGUACGAUCUGUGCUCACGCAGAGAAGAAGGAUGGACUUGUCACCGCACGCAAAUACGAGCCUCAUCUCAAUGGUGUGGCUCUUACCCAUCCACCUAUUCCCCCACAUCUAUUCCUUCACUUGUGGGAGUGUCCUAAUGACAUAACUCCUACGGUGCAGAAUAUGUGGCUUAAUCGUCUGCCAAAGAAGCUAGAUGAGAAGCUGGGCAAGGUUUGUCUAGCGACACGGCCAGAUGGCGAGUUGAUUCUUGGGUGGGGAGUUCUUGUGGUUGAGGGUUUGCAUAGGAAGAGGAUAUUACGACUAACUAUCACUAUUAUGGCGUUAAGCAUGAUUAUCUCGGUGGUCUAUUCAGCUAGUACGAAAGAUGUGUCUAGUGGGUUUGCAGUUGGUGCUCUACUUCUAGGAUGUUGGACCUUAAUUAUAGCAGCACUAUUCUCUGAGUGGGUAGUACGAUGAUCUAAAAAUCAAAUAUACUCAUUGUUAGAUGUGGCUGUCAUGAAGGAACGAUAACCAAGGAGAGUCCCCAUCGCAACUUCCUCAUAAACUUCCAACUCCUAGAUAUGGAAAGAACGAUUACCAAGCAAGCCUCAGUCGUAGCUUCCUCAAGAGAAUUCCGUCCCCAUAUAUGGCAGGAACGAUUACCAAGCAGGCCUCAAUCGCAGCUUCCUUAUAUGCUUCCAGCCUCUAUAUAUAUGGAAGGAACGAGUACAAAACAAACUGCAAUCGCAGCUUCCUCAGAGCUUCCGAG